AUGCGCGCUAGAGCAGCCCUCCAGCUGCUAUCCGCGGCAAAUUUAGUUGCCGCGAUUUCUUUUCAUCCCUUUGCAGCUUUGGCACAGGCAUAUACUACAACAGCCGUUCCUAUACAAGGUUUCUACACUACCUCCCCUCCAAACUCUUCAACAUUGAAUACAACAUAUACCCAGACUGGAAACAACAAUGAUGCAACUCGAACCGGGACUGUUUCGGCCCCUCGCACACUUACAUACACACAGACAGAAUAUACACCAAAUCCUACAGUUUUCCGUACAGCAUGCGCAGAGAUUAGUAGUUCCUAUGCAAGCAGGCUAUCGGUUUACUCGAGCCGAGCUUCAACUGACCCCAGUGCCGUAUUACCGACGAGAGUACCUGUUCGCCCACGUGAGGCAUGGGACUGUUUAUAUUCAAUUCCCAUCAACCGUGAUCUUACUCUAGAAUUCAUCAGUGGUGUCGCAAAGUACCUUCAGUUUCAAUCUACUAUUGAAUACUUGAAGAACCCACCAGCAAAUUCUCUUCAAGACCCUAUCGAUAUCAUUGGAUCUUUGGAAAAACUGGCAGAACAGGUUCGUAGCGGUGAGAUUGCACAUCACAUCCGCUUCGAAAAUGCUUUUAGAAAGCUCCUUCAACGGUGCCACGAUGGUCACUUGGGCCUUUCGUUUAAUUCGGGCAGCCUUAUUUCAUUCCGUGGCCCGUUUAGUCUCAUCUCUAUCAGUCCUGAUGCUAUCGAAAAGCCAAAAGUUUACGUCGAAACCGACCUUCUAGAGUUCGGACUUAAUGCAUCUUAUGUUACAAGAAUCGACGGAUACGGCGUCGAAGCUUGGCUUGCCGAGUUUGCUGACUAUGGCAGCUCGCAGUCGCCUGAUGCACGAUACAACGCCAUCUUUGCGAACCGUGAUCCUGGAUCCGAUGGAACUUUUUAUACACUUUAUGGUUGGUAUCCUGGAAAGAACACCAUCUCGCUCACUUAUUCAAAUACUUCGACUGUCGAAUAUGAUUACCUCGCAUUUGCUCGUUGGAACAGGGCACUCAACUGGACUGGUAUUAGAACUGGAGCAGAUUUCUACGCCAAUAUUGUUUUGAACCCUGCAUACUUCCAGUUAGCCUCUUCGGAUGAGGAGGGAGUCGCGGGUGCGCAUGCCCCUGCUCCUGAGCCGACCAACUCUGGUAACGCCCACCAUGUACAUGACAAGCAGAAGGUUAGAAAGAGGCAGAUGCGCACUGGAAUAGCAACCACGACGACAUCUAGACGCCCUUCUCCAACACCAGAGGUUCCUCAGCUCGUUUACUUCAACGAACCAUAUAUGAGGCAUAGGGUCGGCCCAUAUGUUCAAGACUUGAAUGGUAUCAUCGGCGGCUACUUCCUAAACGACACAAUUGAUACUGCCGUGCUUGAUAUCUCCAGCUUUGCAGCCGACGACGACGAAGCUGAGUUUGAGGUACCAGGUUUCCAAGCUGCCCUCACCACAUUCUUUGCCGAGGCUCGCCGCCGCGGUUCUAAGAAGUUGAUUCUUGACGUUCGUGGUAAUGGUGGUGGUCUUGUUGCUCUCGGCUUUGAGCUUUACAAGCAACUCUUCCCUUCUGCCCCGGCAAAUAGUUACUACCGUAUCCGCGCUCACGAAGCCGCCCAAAUAUUCGCCACAGCGGCUGAAACCCUUGCAAGUGAUAGUGCAACUGAGGCGUUGAUUGAAACUAUCCAGAGGAUCGGGCUUGAUGCUAUUGAUGAAGAGACACCCGGACGGGCUUUAGAAGUCGCAUUGGCCAUCAACAGCGGCUUUAGCCGUCAAAAUACACUUGACAUCAGUGGUAAAAAGCCAGAAGACUAUGAAACUUGGAUCGGGCCUUACAAUAUUACCGGUCUCGUUAAUGACACCGUCUCUCUGCUUGUUGAAAACAACUUCAACUUCCCACUUCAAGGGACUGACAUCUCCGGCUUUGGAUCUCGCGCCAACUUUACAUCCUCCCCACAACCAUUCAGAAGGGAAGAUAUUCUGCUCCUUUCUGAUGGAACUUGCGCUUCUACCUGUACUAUUUUCUCCGAGCUUCUUAAGCGCGAACAAGCAAAUAUUUCAACCGUCGUCAUGGGUGGCCGUCCAAACGAUGGCCCAUCCGCACACGUUGGUGGUACCCACGGCAGCCGAGUUCUCACAUUCGCCAAUCUUCUCCGUAACUCUCAACGGGUUGUACAGCUCUUUAACCCAGAAACCGAUGAACAAGAGCAGUAUCUUGUUGAUAACAUUCCUCUCGCUCUUCCAUUCGGCUUCACUUAUGCUGCUAUCAAUUUCAGAGAUGCGAUCCGGCCUGAAGACGAAACUGCUACACCAUUACAAUUUGCUUUGGAACCAGCAGAUUGUAGAUUAUACUUUAGCCCGAUCGGAUUCACCGAUAGUAUUUCCCUAUGGGGAGAGUUGAGCAAGUUGAAGUGGGGUACCGGGUCGAGUUUUGAUGGUUGUGCGGUUGGAGGAUUGCAGAGGGGUGAGGAGAGCACUGGCUAUGUCCCGGAUGAUCCGGAUACUGUUGAGAUUGUUAACUACAUUCUCCAGCCAUUGAAAUCGACUUAG